AUGUCCGAGGUAUUUCCCGGGGAGGGCUGGAACAAGAAACUCGCACUUGAGCGUGGUUCCGCCAUGGCAAAUGAAUUCAAGGAGAAGGGAGUCAACGUAGCCCUUGGUCCUGCUGUAGGAGCUCUUGGCCGCGUCGUUACCGGCGGGAGGAACCGGGAAGCCUUCUCUGUUGAUCCCUAUCUCUCGGGCGCUCUUGUAUAUGAAACCGUGGUCGGAAUGCAGAAUCGCGGAGUCAUGGCAUGUACUAAGAACUUUAUCGCCAACGAGCAGGAGCUGCACCGACAGCCAGUUGGUGACGUCACGGCAGUUUCUUCCAACGUCGAUGAUAAGACCAUGCACGAACUAUACAUGUGGCCUUUCCAAAACGCAGUCUUGGCCGGUACCGCCUCUGUUAUGUGCUCCUAUCAGCAGGUAAAUAACUCUUAUGGUUUCGUGGUGUCGGACUGGGGUGCUCAGUAUCCCGGGUCCGGUGUGUCUUCAGCCCUUGCAGGUUUGGAUAUAGUCAUGCCCGGUCCGAAUCUAUGGGGUGGCAACCUUACCAAGGCUGUUCGCAAUGGGACAGCUCCAGAGUCCCGCGUUACGGACAUGGCCGCUAGAACUCUGGCGGCGUGGUACAAGACGGGCCAGAACAAGGGAUUCCCGAGGCCUGCCAAUCCGGUCCUAUAUCAGGGUGCCGAUGAGGGACAUGUCCUUGUGAAGAACAGGAACAAGCUUCCCCUGAAGACUCCCAAGAUGCUCUCAGUCUUCGGAUACUCGGCGAAGGCACCCGAUCAGAGUGCUCCUGGUGUCGGCACCGGCGGCAGAAAUGCGUGGGCCUUGGGCCUCCUAGCCACAGACACUAGGGAAAUUCUGCUGCGUAUGGCCGGACUUGGUGACGCACCCAUCCCCCCAAUUGCAAUCAACGGCACAAUUCUCAGUGGAGGCGGUUCCGGAUCCACAACGCCCUCCGCAUACCUCUCGCCUCUCGAUGCGCUGAAUCAAAGAGCCUAUAAGGAUAGUACUGCCAUUUUCCACGAUUUGACAAGUGCUGCACCAGCUGUUGAUCCCGCCUCCGACGCACGCAUUAUGAUGGGCAACGCUUGGGCUGGAGAGGGCUACGACCAGUCGGUUCUUCGAGUCGAAUACACGGAUAACCUGAUUCGAUCAGUGGCAGACCAGUGUAGUAAGGCCAUUGCGAGUGACGAGAACUUGUCGAGCAAGCUACCUUACACGGAUGCAAAGAACGAGUCUGACUACGGCCAUUUACUCAACCCCGAUGCGGCAGAUGGUGUCUACAAGUACUUCCCCCAGUCCAAUUUUGAUGAAGGUGUCUACAUCGAUUACAGACGUUUCGAUAAAGAGAAUAUAACACCUCGGUACGAGUUUGGCUUUGGUCUCAGUUAUACCACAUUCUAG